CCUCUGCCCUGAGCCGCUCGGGUCUUUUGCGGCGCGCGCGCGCAGCGAUGGCGGAGGCGGUGGAGCGCACAGACGAGCUGGUCCGGGAGUACCUGCUCUUCCGCGGCUUCACGCACACUCUGCGGCAGCUGGAUGCCGAGAUCAAGGCGGACAAAGAGAAGGGGUUCCGGGUGGACAAGAUUGUGGAGCAGUUGCAACAGUUGAUGCAGGUAUAUGAUUUGGCUGCCCUUCGGGAUUAUUGGAGCUACCUGGAACGCAGGCUUUUCAGCCGCUUGGAGGACAUAUAUCGACCUACCAUCCACAAACUGAAAACCAGCCUGUUCCGCUUUUAUCUUGUCUAUACAAUCCAGACAAACCGAAACGACAAGGCGCAAGAAUUCUUUGCAAAGCAGGCUACGGAGCUCCAGAACCAGGCUGAAUGGAAGGAUUGGUUUGUCCUGCCCUUCUUGCCGUCCCCAGACACCAACCCUACCUUCGCUACCUACUUUUCUCGACAAUGGGCCGACACGUUCAUCAUUUCUCUGCACAACUUCCUGAGUGUUCUCUUUCAGUGCAUGCCGGUUCCUGUGAUCCUGAACUUCGAUGCGGAGUGCCAGAGGACCAACCAGGUCCAAGAAGAAAAUGAGGUUCUGCGCCAGAAGCUUUUUGCACUGCAAGCUGAAAUCCAUCGGCUAAAGAAGGAAGAACAACAGCAGGAAGAAGAAGAAGCAGCUUUGGUCCAACACAAACUGCCACCUUAUGUCUCCAGCAUGGACCGCCUUGGGGACUCGGAGCUAGCAUUGGUGUGCAGCCAGAGGCCCGCCUCCCUCUCCCAGUCUCCUCGAGUGGGGUUCCUGUCCUCACUGCUGCCUCAGACUAAGAAGAGCCCUUCAAGGUUGUCACCUGCCCAAGGCCCUGCUCAGGCCCAGAGUUCUGCCAAGAAAGACUCCUUCAGCAGUCAGGUUACCAAGGGAAAGGACCCAGGGCCUGCGGCCAAGGAUGGGAAGAGCCUUCUGAGCGGGCCGGUCUCUGGGGAAGUAGGCUGGACACAUCAGCGACAACGGCGCCUGCAGGACCAUGGCAAGGAGAGGCGGGAGCUGCUCUCCACGUCCUCCUCUCAGUCACAGUGUGCGGAGAAGAAGCUGGAAGGCAGUGGCCCAGAGCCUGAGCCCUGCUUGGAACUCCACAUGGGGCCAGUGGAGGUCCUGGCCCGGGUGUCCACAGCGGGUUCUGAGGGAGACCGCCCGGAGCAGCCCUUCAUAGUGCUGAGCCAAGAAGAAUACGGGGAGCACCAUUCGUCCAUCAUGCACUGCAGAGUGGACUGCUCCGGUAGGAGAGUGGCCAGCUUAGAUGUAGACGGGGUCAUCAAGGUGUGGUCCUUCAAUCCCAUCAUGCAGACCAAAGCGUCCUCCAUUUCUAAGUCACCACUGCUCUCCCUGGAGUGGGCCACCAAGCGAGACAGGCUGCUCCUGCUAGGCAGUGGUGUGGGGACGGUCCGUCUUUAUGAUACAGAAGCCAAGAAGAACCUCUGUGAGAUCAACAUCAAUGAUGACAUGCCGAGAAUCCUGUCUCUUGCCUGCAGCCCCAAUGGGGCCUCUUUCGUCUGUUCAGCCGCAGCUCCGAGCCUUACCUCCCAGACAGACUCCUCAGCCCCAGACAUUGGCAGCAAAGGCAUGAACCAGGUUCCUGGCAAGCUGUUGCUGUGGGAUACAAAAACCAUGAAGCAGCAGCUUCAGUUCUCGCUGGACCCGGAGCCCAUUGCCAUCAACUGCACAGCUUUCAAUCACAAUGGCAACCUGCUGGUCACAGGGGCUGCUGAUGGAGUCAUCCGGCUCUUUGACAUGCAGCAGCACGAGUGUGCUAUGAGCUGGAAGGCCCACUGUGGAGAGGUCUACUCUGUGGAAUUCAGCUGUGAUGAGAACGCCGUGUACAGCAUCGGCGAGGACGGCAAGUUCAUCCAGUGGAACAUCCACAGGAGUGGCCUCAAGGUGUCAGAGUACAGCCUCCCUUCAGACGCCACUGGGCCCUUUGUCCUGUCCGGCUACAGUGGCUACAAGCAGGUUCAGGUUCCCAGGGGCCGGCUCUUCGCUUUCGACUCAGAGGGCAAUUACAUGCUGACGUGCUCUGCUACAGGGGGUCUCAUCUACAAGCUGGGCAGUGAAGAGAAAGUUCUAGAAAACUGUCUGAGCCUGGGUGGCCACCGUGCCCCUGUGGUCACCGUGGACUGGAGCACCGCCAUGGACUGUGGAACGUGCCUCACAGCCUCCAUGGACGGCAAGAUCAAGCUCACCACCCUCCUAGCCCAUAAGCUCUGAUGUCCGGCCUGCAGUGACACGCGGGAAACAGAAUUGUCUCUGACAGAAGAGAGAUGAGACAGGCAGGACAGAGCUCUGGUUCUGCCCUGCCAGGGCUGUGGAUCUUCAGGAAAGCCACCAAGCCGAGGGGUCUCAGUCAUCGGGACGCAGCUCCUGCAGGAGGAGGUGUGGGGCACUCUGUGAGACUGGAACUGCGGCUGGAGCAGAGCGUGCAUGGAACACAGGACAGAUGCUGAGCAAGGAGCCGCAGUGCACACCGUGUUCGGGCCAAGAGGCAUUGACCGAAUUUUGUACAUAACUGCUUAUUUUUCUGUUUUAAGGGGGAAAAAUCAGAGCGAGAUAAUGCUCUUACAGUCACUUGGUGUCUCUUUCUGGAAUAUGUGAGUCACCUGGCCCUGGUGGUAGUCACAGCUCCCUGCCUUGGUUAUUAUACUUUACCUUUCACUAGCCUCAGCGAGCAAGUUUCUGACAGAACCCCGUUAGAGUUGAGAUGUGGCCCGCAGUGCCCUCUCCUGGCCUCAAGCCAAGAUCUGAGUAUCUUCUGCAGAACCUGAAAGCUGUUGGUUAAGAGGCUUCUCCGAAUAACAGGCCUGAGAUCUGGGCCUCCAGCUCCUGCGCCUCAGGGUCUUCUGUCCCAGAGCCCCUCAUUUGGUGGCUCCCUCAUUCUCCCAGAGUCAAUAACAGCAGCAGUCUGCACCUUUGCCUGGCUCUGCUGGAUCAGCUACGACUGCACUCCUUCCAUGCCCUCUGCUCUGGUCGCUCACUUGGGAGGAUCACGAGUCCCAUCCCUUGUCAGUCCUACAUCCUCCUGCUGCGACCGGCCUCAUUAAAGAGCUGGUAUAGGGUCAGGGGGCCCCGGGCUUCCCACAUUUCGCAUGGGUGACCUUGUUACCUGCCUGGGGCAUGCCACUUCCAUGGACAGUGACUGCUCGGAAUAGUCAUUGGAUAGUUGCUUUGGGCUCCAGGCUAGCUGUGGGCUGUGGGGUUGGUAACUCCCAGGUGCCUACAGAGGGAAAAGCACCUGGGAGUUUUGAGGUGUCGAGACCUGGGCCCCCCUUUGGGGUAGAAGGAAAAGCAGAAAGUGACAUAUAGGAAAAACCUAUGUCUCAUAGUUACUAUUUAUUAUUCGUGUGCAUGUGUGUGCUGGGUGGGCGGGCACUGGGGUGGGACAUGCCACAGCAGAGAUCACAAGACAACUUGGUGUAGACUUCGUUCUUUCUGUUCACCUCUGUGUGUAUUUGGGGGAUCAAACUCAGGUGGCCAGGCUGCAUGGCAAGUGGCUUUAUCCGCGGCACCAUCUCAUGUUCAUCUGGUGUACCCAUGUCCAUGCUGACAUGAAGGGGUCAAUCUGUCCCCUGCCAUUUCUCCACUCCAGCUGACACACAGCCUCAUCUGUCCCACCCAGCUUUGUGGUUCUGGGCUCUAUCUGAGUCAAGAGCCUGAGGCGUGACUUUUCCUCUAGUUCUUGUGUCUCAUGUAUGGCAUGUUCUUUCUUCCCGGUGUAUUCCACAACUUGCUGAAGUAGUGGUUCUAAGGCUCAGAGACAGAAGGAACACUCCAGAGCCUGUCUGUUCCUACCCAGCCCCUCCCAGGAAGAACACCCUUCAAAGCACCUGUUUGGACCCCUUGCAGGCCUUAAUAGGGCUUUUUCCUUUGCAGUCCUUGAGUGGAGGUGGCAUGGAGCACAACCAUGAAGGCGGGUCACACUGCAAACCUUGAACCACUCUUCCGGGGGCUGAGAACUUUGCCUGGCAGUUGCAAAUCUGGAUUUCCUUCCCUGUGCUCAGGACCCUCCCUGCUCAGCCCCAACCCCGUGCGUGCCCAGGAGCUCGGCAUCAGGUCUGGAAGUGCAGUAAUGAUUACAUGGCGGGCUGACUAAACGAAGCUGACAUUUGUUACUAUAGCCAAUCAAUUUAUCUGCCAAUUUAAAAAUAAUAAAACCCAUGUGGACUCCA